AUGGCGGAGCGUGGUUACAGCUUUUCGCUGACUACAUUCAGCCCGUCUGGUAAACUUGUCCAGAUAGAAUAUGCUUUGGCUGCUGUAGCUGGAGGAGCUCCUUCAGUGGGAAUUAAAGCUGCAAAUGGCGUGGUCUUGGCAACUGAGAAGAAACAGAAAUCCAUUCUGUAUGAUGAGCGAAGUGCCCACAAAGUGGAACCAAUCACCAAGCAUAUAGGUUUGGUGUAUAGUGGAAUGGGCCCAGAUUACAGGGUACUUGUGCACAGAGCUCGAAAACUAGCUCAACAGUACUAUCUCGUUUACCAAGAACCUAUUCCCACAGCUCAACUGGUACAGAGAGUAGCUUCUGUGAUGCAGGAAUAUACCCAGUCAGGUGGUGUUCGCCCAUUUGGAGUUUCUUUACUUAUCUGUGGUUGGAAUGAGGGACGGCCAUAUUUAUUUCAGUCAGAUCCAUCUGGAGCUUACUUUGCCUGGAAAGCCACAGCAAUGGGAAAGAACUAUGUGAAUGGGAAAACUUUCCUUGAGAAAAGAUAUAAUGAAGAUCUGGAACUUGAAGAUGCCAUUCAUACAGCCAUAUUAACCCUAAAGGAAAGCUUUGAAGGGCAGAUGACAGAAGAUAAUAUAGAAGUUGGAAUCUGCAACGAAGCCGGAUUUAGGAGGCUUACCCCAACUGAAGUUAAGGAUUAUUUGGCUGCCAUUGCAUAA